AUGGCUUUUAGUAAGCCCCAGUCUCCAAAGAGAGCUACACCCCUUCUUGCCAUCAACAAUGGCUCCAAAGAAAAUGGGAUCCAUGAGGAACAAGAUCAAGAGCCACAGGAUCUCUUUGCAGAUGCUACAGUGGAGCUAUCCCUGGACAGCACACAAAAUAAUCAGAAGAAGGUGCCAGCCAAAGCACUCAUUUCUCUUCCUCCACAAGAAGCCCCAAAUUCUUCUAAGUCCCAGCCAAGAUAUGAGGAGCUAGAGGAAGAAGAACAGGAGGACCAAUUUGAUUUGACAGUCGGUAUAACUGAUCCUGAAAAGAUAGGGGAUGGUAUGAAUGCAUAUGUAGCCUACAAAGUUACAACACAGACGAGCUUACCAAUGUUCAGAAGUAAACAGUUUGCAGUCAAAAGAAGAUUUAGUGACUUUCUGGGUCUUUAUGAGAAGCUUUCAGAGAAGCACUCUCAGAAUGGCUUCAUUGUUCCUCCUCCACCAGAGAAGAGCCUAAUAGGAAUGACAAAAGUGAAAGUUGGGAAGGAAGAUUCUUCUUCUGCAGAAUUUCUUGAAAAACGAAGGGCUGCUCUAGAAAGGUACCUUCAGAGAAUUGUGAAUCAUCCUACCAUGUUACAGGACCCUGAUGUCAGAGAAUUCUUGGAAAAAGAAGAGCUGCCACGAGCCGUGGGUACCCAGACGUUGAGUGGUGCUGGUCUCCUCAAGAUGUUCAACAAAGCCACAGAUGCAGUCAGCAAAAUGACCAUCAAGAUGAAUGAAUCAGACAUUUGGUUUGAGGAGAAGCUCCAGGAGGUAGAGUGUGAGGAGCAGCGCUUACGAAAACUGCAUGCUGUUGUAGAAACUCUAGUCAACCAUAGGAAAGAGCUAGCGCUGAACACAGCCCAGUUUGCAAAGAGUCUAGCCAUGCUCGGGAGCUCCGAGGACAACACAGCAUUGUCACGAGCACUCUCCCAGCUGGCUGAGGUGGAAGAAAAAAUUGAGCAGCUCCAUCAGGAACAGGCCAACAAUGACUUCUUCCUCCUUGCUGAGCUCCUGAGUGACUACAUUCGCCUCCUGGCCAUAGUCCGUGUAAGCUUCUAUUUCCUUUCUACCUUCCACCCUAAAGAGAAAUCCAAGGACUUCAAAAACCAUGUGAUCAAGUACCUUGAGACACUCCUGUAUUCACAGCAGCAGAAAGAGAAAUCCAAGGACUUCAAAAACCAUGUGAUCAAGUACCUUGAGACACUCCUGUAUUCACAGCAGCAGCUGGCGAAGUACUGGGAAGCCUUCCUUCCUGAGGCAAAGGCCAUCUCCUAAUGGACCAAGGACACCAGAUCCCACUUGCGUGAAGCUGCCUUUUUAUACACUGUCCUCCAUUUUGAUGGACCCCAGUGAUGUAUCCUGCCUAGGCUGGACUUAACCCCUUCCCACCCCCAUGACCAGGCUGUCCCCAGUUAGUCUAACCAUUAUUUCAUUUAGCUCCCAUUUAUAUUUUCUUACCUGAGAGAAUAGUUUCUUGCUUUAAGCAAAAGACCUACAAUAGGUGGUGGAAUUAUGGGAUGGGGUGGAGUAUUGAUAUAAAUAUAUAAAUAUAAAUGUAUAUUUUUCAGGAUGAGGUUUAGGAACUGGGAAUAACGUUUUCUGUUACUCCUGAUGGUGCCAUGAAAAGAUUAUGUAAUAAAAUAUUUUAAAAUCA